CUCCUAAACCCUAUCUAUCUGCCAUAUAAAAUCCUUAAACCCUGAUUCCCCCGCUCCUCUCAGCGGAAAUUCUCCGGCGUUGGGACCGGAAAUCCGUAAGCUUAGUCGCAUUUGCACUAUGUCCGUUAAGCUUAUUCCACAGUUCCGCUUCCUCAACCCAUCUUUUACGGUUGCAUGUCACCAACCUAUGAAAUCUUCCCCGCUCAUUAGCUCCUCCCUGGCUAUCCCCGUUCUUUCUCGGAUGUUCCCUUUCAGACUAAAAUAUCUAGGUUUUGUCCCUCAUUUCAAUUCGCAAGUCGGUGUUCUCCGAUUCUCCACUCGGCCAUUUCGACCCAGGCCCCAAUUCAGUCAUGGUGGUCGUGACAGAGGAGAUAUGAGAGCUUCAAAGAGUUUAAUUGAAGAUGAAGACGAACUCAGUGAUUGGGUCAGUGAUUUGAGGACCAGUCCUUUCCGUGGUAGAAUCACUAGCGAAAACGAGUCGGAUUCUGAUGGGGCUCGCCGCAGAGUUAGGGGUAGGAAUCAGGACCGAAGCAGAAGUAGAGAAAGAAGUAGGGAGGGUUUUUCAACGAAGAGAAGAAGGGACAAUAUCUCGGACGAGUUUGGCGAGUCUGAUAGGAGGAGAGUUCGCAACCAGGCCGACUCAUUUUCGAGGAAUUCACGAACAAGCGAGCGAUUUGAUAAUGGAAUUACGCGAGGUGAUGAGGAUACGUUUAGGAGAAAGCGAGUUGGGAAUAAGCAUUUAAUGAAUGAAAGGAGAGGAGGGAGAGAGAUAGAUUCAGGGUUUAGGAGAGAUAGGAAGGGAUUAAAGGGGAAAAAUGGUUUCGUUGACGAUGAGGAAGGUGACGGCGAUAUUGAUGAGAGAAUGUAUGAGAGAAAGGAAUUGAUGGAGCAUCUCGGGGAUAUGGUUGAUGAGGAAGAGAGUGAUGAUGCUGAUGAAGAUGUUCAUGAUGAUGGGAUCUUAAAAAAAAGGCCAUCUAGUUCAUUUGAUUUGGCGAAAGAAAGGGCAAGUUCACCUAGAAAAUCCGAAUCUUAUUUAAGCGAGUCUAGAUUUGAUCAAUGUUCGAUUUCUCCUUUGUCAUUAAAAGGAAUCAAGGAUGCUGGAUAUGAGAAAAUGACUGUAGUUCAGGAGGCCACUCUUCCAGUUAUACUAAAAGAUAAGGAUGUUCUUGCUAAGGCUAAAACAGGCACUGGAAAAACUGUAGCGUUUUUGCUUCCAGCAAUUGAAGUUAUUGUAAAAUCUCCUCCUAUUGGUCGAGAUCAGAAGCGACCGCCAAUUCUUGUGCUUGUUAUAUGCCCAACUCGAGAACUUGCAAGUCAAGCUGCUGCAGAAGCAAAUACACUAUUGAAGUAUCACUCUUCUAUUGGUGUUCAAGUUAUUAUGGGUGGCACACGUCUUGCUCUUGAACAGAAACAAAUGCAAGCAAACCCAUGCCAGAUUCUUGUUGCAACACCUGGAAGACUUAGAGACCAUAUUGAGAACACUGCUGGAUUUGCAACACGGCUGAUGGGUGUGAAAGUCCUUGUACUUGAUGAAGCUGAUCAUUUGCUAGACAUGGGAUUUCGUAAAGACAUUGAAAAAAUAAUUGCUGCUGUCCCAAAGCAACGGCAAACACUUCUGUUUUCAGCCACAGUUCCUGAAGAGGUUCGACAAAUCUCUCACAUUGCUUUGAGGAGAGAUCAUGAAUUCAUAAAUACUGUUGAAGAGGGAACUGAGGAGACACAUUCACAGGUCAGACAGAUGCAUAUAAUUGCUCCAUUGGACAAGCAGUUUCCCAUAUUAUAUGUCCUUUUGAAGGAUCAUAUUGCUGAUAACCUUGAUUAUAAGAUUCUUGUAUUUUGUACAACUGCUAUGGUCACAAGAAUGGUUGCUGACCUUCUUGGUGAACUGAGCUUGAAUGUUAGAGAGAUCCAUUCGAGAAAGCCACAGAGUUACAGAACCAGGGUUUCUGAUGAAUUCCGAAAAUCAAAGGGCCUUAUUCUUGUGACGUCGGAUGUAUCCGCCCGUGGAGUGGAUUAUCCUGAUGUUACCCUUGUCAUUCAGGUGGGUUUGCCGGCUGAUAGAGAACAGUACAUACAUCGACUUGGUAGAACUGGUCGUAAAGGUAAAGAAGGGCAAGGCAUAUUGUUACUGGCACCAUGGGAGGAAUUAUUCUUAUCUAUCAUCAAAGAUCUGCCAAUAACAAAGGGUCCAGUCCCUUCAGUUGACCCAGACACGCGGAGAAAGGUGGAACGGGCGCUGUCAAAUGUUGAGAUGAAGAACAAAGAAACAGCUUACCAGGCCUGGUUAGGUUACUACAAUUCCAAUAAGAUGGUGGGUCGGGACAAGUAUAGGCUUGUGGAGCUGGCUAACGAGUUCAGCCGAAGUAUGGGACUUGAUAACCCUCCUGCCAUCCCCAAGCUCAUCCUUGGCAAGAUGGGUCUCAGGAAUAUCCCUGGUUUGCGCUCCAAGUAGUUUUGGUACUGACCAUGCACUAAAGAUCCAGGCAGUCCUUUUGUAAGGAAAACAGUCCUUUUGUAAGGAAAACAUCACUAGGAAAUUAUCAGACUUUUUAAAAAAAUAUGUUUGCGAAA